GACUGCAGGGACAUGUCUGUGGCAGUCAGGAAGCGGAGCUGGGAAGAGCACGUCACUCAGCGGAUGGGAUUGCUCCUUCAUCCAGAUGCCCCCACCCCAGCAUGCCACCAUGGGCUGGUAGCUGAUAGCUUGCACAAGAACAUGGAGAAGGAAGGCGCUCUGACUGGGAGCCACCACCAGAGGUGGGCAUCCCUGCCAGACUGCUGUCAGGCCUCAAAGCUGUCCAACUACCCUGAGCAGCUCCUAGGAAAUGUCUCAAGAGAACUGGAAGGAAAUGACACUUGUGGUGGAGAGGAGAGCCUCCUUUCCCUGGAGGCCAGCACAGAGACUCUGGUCCAUGUCUCUGAUGAGGAGAGUGAUGCAGAGACAAAGUUGGGUGCCGUGAACCACCAGACAAGUGGAGACAGGGAAACGGAAAGUCAGUGGAGGAGGAAUGGGGCAGGUAGCUUUGUGAAGAUGCCCCUGGGCACUGAGGAGGAUCGGGAGUCACCAGUCUCCUUGGGAGCCUUUGGGAUAGCCAAUGAACCUGGCCAUGCAUCUUUUCUUAUGGAAGAGAGUAAAGAGAAAGCCACCUGGGACCCUAAUGGAGACAAGCAGGAGCUUGGCAGCACCCUCAGAGUAAGUCAAGUCAGAGAGGCUCCCGAAGGAGAUUUCUCAGAGACUCUGAGAACAAAUGAAAUUCUGCCUGAGAAACAGCUGCUCCAUUCUGCUGUGAUUGCUCAGCAGCGGAGGAGAUGUGCUGAUACCAUCAGAGACAACAGCGAGAGGCCUGCUGGUGAAGCCCUGCAGGAUGGGUCCUUUGCCUCUCCCUGCUCUGGGAGGACACAACCACAACCAGAAGACUCUGGGAGCUGCUUUGGGGAGCUUCCCUAUUGUCUCCACCCUCUGGACAAAAGUGGUGUCACACACGCCCACAGUGACCCUCAAAACAAACACCCCCCAGAUGCUAGCCCCAGAGAGGACUUGCCCUUGGAACAUGGAACACCUCCCAUAGCCCCUGGGGAACCCUGUGGCACACAAGUCACUAUGCGAGAACAAAAGGAAGUGAGAGAAGAUCGAGGGCGCGGACGGCUGGACUCCAUGGCCCUGCUCAUCAUGAAAUUGGACCAGCUGGACCGAGACAUCGAGAAUGCCCUCAACACCAGCUCCUCUCCUGCCAGCCCCCAGGGGCAGCAGCACCAGCAGAGGCCCCUGCCUGAUCCAGAGUCAAGAGAUGAGAAUGGAGAGAAUGCCAGGCCAGUAAAUGAGGACCAAGUGGAUUCAUCCUCAAACUUGGAAGCAGCUGCCCUGGGAGCUGCUCCACCCUUUUUCUCCCCCACAGCCAGCUCUGCAACCAAACCCAAGGUCUCGGCCAUGCCCAGUGCUUCAGAGAAGGGGAAAGCUGAAAUCGAGGCCAAAGAAGCUUGUGACUGGCUGCGGGCAGCCGGCUUCCCUCAGUACGCCCAACUGUAUGAAGAUCUGCUGUUUCCCAUCGACAUCACACUUGUCAAGAGGGAGCACGACUUCUUGGACCGAGACUCCAUUGAGGCAUUGUACCGGCGCCUGAACACAUUAAAUAAGUGUGCAGUAAUGAAGCUGGAAAUCAGCCCCCACAGGAAGCGGAGUGAGGACUCAGAUGAGGAUGAGCCGUGUGCCAUCAGUGGCAAGUGGACCUUCCAGAGGGACAGCAAAAGGUGGUCCAGGAUGGAUGAGUUUGACGUCUUCCCCCCCACACCCAGCCUGGCCACCGGGGUGCCCGGGCGCCAAGCCCUCACCGGUACCACUAGUCGAGAGAGCCUGCUGACCGACCUGAGUGAGGGCCAGGAGCUGACCUCCGUCCGCAGCCUCAGCAGCACCAGCAGCCUCCCAAUGGAGGCUGGCACGCCCCGGGCCAGCUCCGUGCUGAGCAUCUGCUCCUCGAGUCCCCGGGAGGAUGGGCCCCUGCCCUCCCCGACAGAGCCAUCCAGCGAUGGCACAAAAGCCCAGGGGCAGCCCACCAAGGCCAGGCCGAGAGGCCUGCUCAAGAGGAUGGAGAGCCUGAAGCUGAGGCGUUCUCACAGCGGCAGGCCCAAGGCUGCUCCUGCAAAGCUGGGCCUGGUCAUCAGCGACCCCAUCCUGCAGGAGGGCGCAGGCCAGGAGAAGCUGAAGCGCCUGCGCUGCGUGGAUGUCUCCAGCCUGGGUGGCGGCCACUUCGGUGUCCCUGGUGUCCGUAAGAGGAGCGUCUCCAACUCCACACAGACGAGCAGCAGCAGCAGCAGCAGCAGCACCGUCAGCACCCCCAGCCCCGUGACCAGGACCCGCAGCCUCAGCACCUGCAAGAAGAGGGCCGGCAUGUAUCUGGAAGGCUUUGACCCCUUCGAGCAGGCGGCCUUCGAUGGUGUUCUCGAGCACAACCGCAGGAACCGCGAGAGCUGCCCAGACGAGGCCGUGUUCUACAUCCCCGAGGAUCACAAGCCGGGUACCUUCCCCAAGGCCCUCUCUCACAGCCGCUUUCCCCCACCGCCACCCCCGGGGGCUGAUGGCUCUGCCGCUGGCUGGCGGUCGGGUAACUUCCUUGGCCACAGCCGAGAGGCCGCCAAGGUGCUGCGCGGGCGCAACUCUUCCUGCUCCGUGAGCAGCCGUCUCAGCGUCUAUGACAACGUGCCCGGCUCCAGCCUCUACUCCAGCUCUGGGGACCUCAGAGGCCUCGAGCGAGAAGACAUCUUCCCCGAGCUGGAUGACAUCUUGUACCAUGUCAAGGGCAUGCAGAGGAUUGUCAACCAGUGGUCCGAGAAGUUCUCCGACGAGGGAGACUCCGACUCAGCACUGGAUUCAGUCUCCCCCUGCCCUUCUUCCCCAAAGCAGAUUCACCUUGAGGGCGACAAUGAUCGCACCUCGCCCAGCGACCUAGACAGCGUGGGGAACUCCCUGAACGAAACUGAAGAGCCCUCGGACAUCCAGGAAAGGAGGGAUUCUGGUGUGGGUGCAUCCCUGACUCGGUCCAACGGACCCAGGCUGAGCUGGCAGAGUUCCCAGUGGCCUAGUGCAAGCUCAGCAGUGCCUCAGAUCAACUGCCAAUCUGUGGCUCAGAUGAACCUUCUGCAGAAGUAUUCGCUCCUCAAGCUGACAGCCUUGCUGGAGAGGUACACGCCAUCCAACAAGCACGGCUUUAGCUGGGCAGUACCCAAGUUCAUGAAGAGGCUUAAGGUCCCAGACUAUAAGGACCGAAGCGUGUUUGGCGUCCCGCUCUCUGUCAAUGUGCAGCGGAUUGGGCAGCCCCUUCCCCAGAGCAUCCAGCAGGCCAUGGACUAUCUGCACAGCCAGUGCUUGGACCAGGUCGGGCUCUUCAGAAAGUCAGGCGUCAAGUCCAGGAUCCAGGCCUUGCGCCAGAUGAAUGAGAACUCCACGGCCCACGUGAGCUAUGAUGGGCAGUCUGCGUACGAUGUGGCAGACAUGCUGAAGCAGUACUUCCGGGACCUUCCUGAGCCACUCAUGACCAACAAGCUCUCAGAGACCUUCUUACAGAUAUAUCAGUAUGUGCCCAAGGACCAGCGCCUCCAGGCCAUCCAGGCGGCCAUCAUGCUUCUCCCGGAUGAGAGCAGGGAGGUCCUUCAGACCCUGCUCUAUUUCCUGAGCGAGGUCACCGCCGCCGUGAAGGAAAACCAGAUGACGCCCACCAACCUCGCUGUGUGCUUGGCGCCUUCCCUCUUCCACCUCAACACCCUUAAAAGGGAACAUUCUUCUCCGAGGGUGAUGCAGCGAAAGCAGAGUCUGGGCAAGCCGGACCAGAAAGAUCUCAAUGAAAACCUGGCAGCAACCCAAGGCCUGGCACACAUGAUCGCAGAGUGCCACAAGCUCUUCCAGGUGCCUGAGGAAAUGAGCCGCUGUCGGAACUCAUACUCGGAGCAGGAGCUGCGGCCCCUCACCCUCGAGGCCUUGGGCCGCCUCAGUGGCCAGGAUGCUGCUGACUAUCACCACUUCCUCCAGGACUGCAUGGACAGCCUGUUUAAAGAGGUCAAAGACAAGUUCAAAGGCUGGGUCAGCCGCCCAACCUCGGAGCACGCCGACCUGGCAUAUAAGAAGGUGAGCGAAGGACCCCCACUUCGAUUGUGGAAGUCAACGAUUGAAGUCCCUGCCAAACCUGAGGAUAUCUUAAACCGCCUCCUGAAGGAGCAACACGUUUGGGACCUGGACCUCUUGGACGCCAAAGUGAUCGAAGUCUUGGACAGCCAGACUGAAAUCUACCAGUUUGUCCGGAGGAGUAUGGUGCCGCAUCCUGCCAGAGACCACGUUGUCCUGAGAACAUGGAGGACCAACCUACCCAGGGGGGCCUGCGUGCUCUUGCUCACCUCCGUGGACCAUGCCCAGGCCCCUGUGAUUGGAGUGAGGGUGAACAUGCUCUUGGCCCGAUACCUGGUCGAGCCAUGUGGGGCUGGGAGAUCCAAGCUCACCUACAUGUGCCGAAGUGACCUGAGGGGCCACACACCAGAAUGGUACACUAAGGUGUUUGGGCAUUUGUGUGUAGCUGAAGUGGUGAAGAUCCGAGAUUCUUUCAGUCGUCCAAGCAUGGAUUCCAAAGAUGGGAAAUCCAGGUGACAACAGAUCUACGGACCAAGACUUUGCAUCUAGACCAGCACCACUGAGGGUUUUGUUUAUAGACAAAUGAGUCAGCCCUAGGCAUGCUGGAUCAAAUGACAGACCAGGAACCAAGCUGGGAUGCGAUCACACAAUAGAUGCAUCACGAGAGCCAAUCUUGACCAGAAUGCAUGGCCCUGUGGAAAACCAUCUGUUGUACCAUAUUGACACUGCUUCUGCGAAGCAGGACUCUUGUAGGGAAUAAGAUGAAGAGACUCCAUUCUCCUGGGAUAUUGCCCUUGACUAAAGCCAGGCUGGGAGGACAAGCAGAGCCACCAUAGGAGGGAGUGUUUCUUUCCAACAUCAGUGAUGAAAGAAAAAUGGGUUUCUGUAGAGAGAUGGGUGUAUGAGUGAAUGUCCAUGAUUGAAUGCAGAGAGACACAGGGAAUGAGCUCUGCUGGGCUGGCAGGCCACCAGGUUGGGUGAGACAUUUCCAUUGCAUUAUCUCUGAGCCCUGCAGGGACCAAUGAGGUGGUCCCCCUCAUGCAUUAGGGGAGUCCAGAAAACUUCUCCCGUGAACCUCUUCCCUUUUUCUUGAGGAGCCAGUGGGAGAGGUUCCAGCCUGAGAGGACCCCCUUUCAUCCAUAUCUGUUCAAAGCUCCAGUCUGAGGGGCCCAUCUCUGACCAUAGACGACCCUACACUGUUGGUCCUUUUAGUCAGGAAAAGGACAAUCCAGCAAUAAGGGAAUUUUGGUUUUUGUUAAAGAGCAGAGGUUAGGAUGAGGAUGAAGAACGUGCUAGUGCCAAAGCUAACAUCAGAAUGAGGGCCAAAUUUUCUUAUGAUUUCUAUCAAAAGGUUAAAAAAACAACCCUUCUCAUCAUGCCUAGAGUCGAUUCUCUAGUAAUGUCCAGAGCAGAAGAUGUUGAAAAAGAGGGGGAACUCCCCCACAUCCCAAGGAAGUCUGUGCAAAAGGAAGGCACAGCGAGAUGCUGUGUCCUUCCUGGUCAGGUCCUCCUUGCUGUGCCACCAUCUUCUGUUCUUUCAUCUCUUGGCUUUCCUUGCUCAGGCCACGGUUCCUGCAGGUGCCCAUGUCAUGGCAGGACCCCUCCUCAGCAGCCCCGUGGUCUUGGAUCCCUCUCCUUUGUCCCCAUCAGUAAGUGGGCGUGGUCAGGAGGGGUCGUGCUUAGCUAAUUGUGCACCUCAAUUACCGCUGUCAGUGUUACUUCAGAAGCUCUUCUUGAUGAAGAGACUGCGUGUGUGUGUGUGGAUGUGUGUGUAUGAGAGGGGAGUAGAUCAGAUUCAGCCACAAAGUGGGGUCAGGGGUUCCUGGAACACGUGCUCCUUGUGAAUACCUAGACCUUGUAGAUUCCGUCUAAAACCUCUUACGUGGAAGAUUGUAUGUUGAACAUACCGUCCCGUUGAGUAACACAGGUAACGCAUGAUACAGAGUAUUAUUUAAAAUAGACUUGUAUUUAUAUGUCAGACAGUCUUUGGGUUUUAUACCUCAAUCAACAUAUUUGUGUGUUUUUUUUCUUUAAUGUAAAUAAAGCUCUUCAUGAUGACCAUGGAAGUAAAUGAACAAGGAAAAAGUUUAUCACUUGCUAUGAAUGACUGUACAGAAUAUAACCAACAAUUGCACUAUUAGAUGUUUAACAUGAGGGGACAGCCUGGCCUGUGUUCGUUUUUCCCGACAAUCUACUUUUGACAAAACACACCAAUCCCAUUCUCCAAGUGCUUAGAGGACCUCAUCCAAAUGGAAAGGUUGGUUGGUGCUCAGGAGCCAUGGGAAAGAAAAGAUGCAAGACUGUACACAAUCUCCAAC